AAAGUAGAUGUUUUCUCAAAGACUCGACAUGAAGAUGUAUGGAGUCAUUCGGGAACAUGCAGAACAGGACAAAUUGUUAGUGGUCCAAUUACAGCAGGAAAAUCAUUUGAUUUUAAGCUUCGUUUAAGAAUUCCUGUUAGAAAGUUUUUACCAUUAGAAGCUAUAAGAUUUAUUCCUGCAUUUGCUGGUAACAUUCAGCUUAAAGUAAAGUUCAGUAGCGACGCAUUACAAUGCACAUCUAUAUCUGUAAAUGAUAUCAUUGCUUUCAAUCCAACUCUUAAAGUUGCAUUUGCUUCAGAUUCAAAUCCACCGACAAAUAAAUUUGUUCCAUGGAAUGAACCAUUCACUAUGAUAACGAAGGCAAUAGAAGCUAGUGGAACAGUUACUAUUACAACUGUAACCCAGCAACUAUUUCGAACAAAGAUGGAUUUUAAUGAAUGUUUCAUUCAUCCAAAGUCAUUCUCUUUAGACCCUAACAUUUAUACAGAACUUGUAGAACAUUAUACAAACGAGGCUUUAUGUUUUCCUGUUAAAGUUAUGGAUUGGAUUCCUAUGGACGGUUCAUUCUCAAAGAAUACAGAUAGUUCAAGUGCAACAUUUACAGCAGCUUAUACGCCUAUUAAUGUUAAAAGUAUUUGGGCACUAUUUAGAAAGAAAGACAACUAUUAUGUUAAUUUUGAGAACCCUAAGUUUAAAUAUCUUCAGCUUUCCAUGGGAGCUUAUGGAAAUAUGCCUGCAGAACCUGAAAAAUCAUAUGGACCUGUAUUUUAUGAAAUGGUUGCGAACGCUUGCAAUACAAACAAUGAUAUGAUUGGAUUUAAUGAAGAUGUUAUGAGGUCAUUGGUGGAUGAUGGUAGUGUGGAACAUAAAUGGGAUAGCUAUGACAACACACAUUUCUUAUGUGGUUUUCCAACAGAAGUGGACUUUUGCUUCCAGCAAGGUCAAACAUCUACUGCUCCAAUAACAUACAAAUUGUCUGUUAA